AUGAUUCACAAAGAUAUAUCUUUAUCCGUUCCAUCUAUCGAACCCCUCACCCCUUACGCCAAAGCACUACCCCAGACUCCCAUACCGUCACAUCUGCCUCUUCCUUCCGUUACUAUAAAGGAUAAAUCUCUUCUACCCACGUUUGAUCCUUUUAUUCACCGGUACAUACCCCACUAUUACAGCUUCCUACCUAUUACCAUUUAUUUCUCUUCUCCUGGACGUUCCUUCUCUUUGUGCCAUCUUUCGGAUUUUCUUUCUGCCUCCAGCUCACGUAUUUUCCCGCCACUACUGUUCAUAAUCCGUCUCUCUUUCUCCUUCCUACGCUAUGCCUUCAGACUGUUUCUCCAUCUUAAAUUCUUAUACCAUCGCCCGAAGUCACAGACCCGUGCCAAUCGACAUUGUCCACCCUUUCUUUUGACCAUCAAUCCCUCUGUCUCAUCGUCUGCCCUCUUUUUCGCCCAUUCGUUCAUUUCGACAAGCCGAUCCAAGACUGAAAGGGGAACGGGCGCCCCGAUCCCUUUGAUAGUUACUCGCUAG